AUGAGUUCAGAUUCGGAGAAUGAUGUGCACGAAGAUCUGUUACGCACAACAGAGGAAGUUAUGCGUGCCAAGGAGACCAAUCCUGGUAUGUUUGUAAGUGCAUGGCAAGCUGACGAGGAAGAUAUUUCCUACUGGACUAAAAAGGAGCUCAAAAAGGACCCAAAGAAGUUGUUUAUUCUUUCUGGCCAGAGGAGGGACAUUGGAACGAUGAAAUCAAUUCUUGAAUCAGAAAUUGGUCCCAAUUGGGCUGAUGAGGCGAAGAGAUUAAAGGAUUUUCUCUUGGCUAAAGAUGAGGAUGGAUACACGGCACUACACAGGGCUGUAUAUUCUGGUCAAGUUCCGGCGGCAGAGGUAUUUCUUAUUCGGAGCGGUGCCGAUAUUGAGUCGAAAACCGAGGAUGGUUGGAGGCCUCUGCAUUCGGCCGCAUUUUGGAAUCAACUCGCCUACGUUCGGUUGCUCCUAGAAGUUGGAGCUGAUAUCACUGCUAUGACAAGUAGUGGACAAAGCGUUUUGCACCUUGCUUUGGCGAAUAAUCAGACACCAGAGACAUUGGCUUACCUUCUAGCUCAACUAUCUUCAGACCGGGAAGCCUUUUCUAAAGUAUGGAACUACAGCAACAAGUCCGGCGACACACCAGAGAACCUCCUAAUGAGAAGUAGUUCCCUGGGAUCUUUCCUGAAGGAGAGAUUCAGCUCUGAGGCUCUGACCCUAUUUCCAAAUACCCUAUUCCCUGAAGCCCAAAUUCUUUGUAAUAUCAACGAAAGGAAAAGUAAAAUAUAUAAUUUCGAGAUGUUUGUUCCUAGACAGGUCUCUUCUUUGACAGUCAUUUAA